AUGCCAUCGCUCACUCAGCCUCUCCAGAAGAAGAGGCGGCACGACGACUUCGACGCCAACGCCGAGUACCAUAUUUUGUAUGGAAAACUUCACGGAACACCAUCAGCUGCGUCCUUCGCUGACAAGCUCAACCUCAGCCCACAGGACCUCCACCACGACAUCUACCCCCAGCGUCAUGGAGUGCCGCCCAGGAAGAUCAUCUCGCUCUCUAGCCCGCGGGCCAAGAAACUGCGGAUGAUGACAGAGCAGCCGGGUAGCGAAGAAUCACCAUACGCGGUCCACGCACUCCAACAAACAACUCCAAGGCCGAACCCCCUCACACCAUCAUCACGGCACAACCACACGAGGUCACCAUCCGCCAGCAAGCUAGCACCGAGAACAACAAUAACGACCAAUUUGCUCGCCCCCUGCCAUAUCUGCCACCGGAAACCGACGAAGAAGACCGAGCUCGACUCAUACGCGGACUGCCAGGGCUGCGGCGAGAGGACAUGUUACGUCUGCAUGCGAGAGUGUCUCGGUUGGGGGACGACCUCGCGGGACAGACAUGGUCUCGACAAGGAGAUCCUGAUGCGAGAUGAGUGUUUCAACGGUGAGGGAGGGGAAAGCGAUCCAGGAAACGACCACUCGUUUAAUAUGGAGGACGCGCCGGCGGAAGAGGACACACACCUCGACCACGGCAGCCCAGAGGCCGACCACAGGAUAAGGGAAGGAACAUGGGUGAAAGAAGGCGGCACGGGCCACCGAGGGAGGAUCUGCAGCCAAUGCUGUGUUGAGAAGGGAAUGGAAGGGGAGGUCACCUGCCUGGGCUGUCUCGCGACCUAG